UUUGUUUUAAAAAGUUCUUUACUAGUUUGUAUUACAUUAUUCAACGGCUGGUUUCUUUUUAUAAAACUACAUACCUUAAAAUGAAAUAAAAGGAAACUAUACUGGAUUUUAAAAUGACGGAUCUUACACCGGAACAACUUCAAGACUUGAGGCGAGCCUUCGACCUUACCCAGGAUUCGGGCGUGGUUGACCAAUAUGGGGCCAAGAAAAUGUUGCAGAUCUUCAACAUGAACCCGACAACGGAGGACGUUACCAAGAGAUACCUCGACAACGACAAGGAUGCUUCAGCGGGCAUGGCUUUUGACGAGUUUGAGCGCGUGUUCCACGACUACCUCAUCAACUACAAGAAGGUUCCAGACACUCUCAACCAGACGCUGGCGGACCUCUUCGAUGGACCGAUCUCCAAGCCUGAAUUACGGAAGAUCUUAACAGAGAUGGGAUCAGAACCAUUUGAGCCAGAAGAGGCGGAUGAAGUUCUUAAUGAGAUACAGUUUGAUGAAAAUGGACUCGUCCAUCAGGAAGUCUUGAAAGAGUUCUUGAUGAACAAAGUGGACAUGCGGCUUCCUGUGCAAAAGGCGGACGAUCAGGAGGGCGGUCAGGAAAAGGCGGAUGCAGCCCCUUCACCGGAAGCGGAACCGCCUGUCUUAAACGGUGAUGGAAAGUUCUGACAGAACGGAUUCAAAAAUGCUUUUUUCUACGAAGUAAAUAAUGUAUACAAAUACAAUUCUACAGAAUACGUUGACUCAUAUGAGAAUUUGUACAUUAAUUUAUUUAACAUACAUUUUAAAUAUAAUGUAUUUUGAAAAUGCUUGCACAUAUGUCAGAAAUUAAAUCGUUAACACAUGGUCUAGCGCGAUAAAUAUGUUUAUUUAUUGAUCAUUCUGUUCAUUUCGAUUUAAGUUUAGAGUCUUUUCUAGAAUAUGUGGACUUAUUUGAUGUUUUUUUCAUGAAUUAAUUGUUAAUUUUAAAUUGUUACAACUACAACUACUUUAUCACUACAAUAUUAUUGCUGUACAAUUUUGAUCAUACAUGUUGUAUUAAAAUACAUCAUCAUACACUUUUGAUUGUAUGGUUUCCGAAAAAAAUCAAUUAACGAUGAAAAAUCCUCAAGCGAUAUGUUAUAAUUAUGGCUUACUUAGAUCUUAUCAUUUUUUCUAAGCAUUUUUAAACAAAAAGGUAACAGUUCAGUAUCAGUAUGCUCGAAUUAAAUCUCUUUCAACGAAACGUCAUUAUUUUUGUGCCAUCAGUUUUGAUUGCUCAAAAAAACAAACAAAAAAAAACAACAACCUAAUUUAAGACUUGCUAUUACUUUUCUUGUUAGAACAAGGAGUUGUUUACAAAGAAACAUACAUUCUUCUAAAAAUAUGACCUUUAUACAUUUUUUUGCAAUGUAUUCAAUUUUUAACCAAGAUAAAAAUUGUUUAGAUAAUUGAUACUCCAAACAUAGACAAUUUUCUAGAUAUUUUACAAUCAUUUUAACACGUGGAGAGUUUGACAAUAGGAGGUUCAAAGUUUCAAAUUCGACAUACACCAUGAUCAAGUCUAUUCAAUUCUGUUAUAACGAACUAAUAGGUAUAAUUUUAUACAUAACAUAAGCUUGUAGCCACCACAAACAGAUGCCAUUUCAUUUAUGCAAUUUAUGCAAUGUGUAAAUGGCCAAAGGCAAGAUGCCGAUUUGCCAAUAAAAACUUGUAACUCGUUAUGUUCAAAACCAUCGUAAUAUAUGUUUCCAUUCGAAUGUAUUAAUAGUUAACUCAGAGUCCCAAUGAGCUUGACAAGUAAGUAUAUUAUCCCUAUAAAUAACUACACUCAGAUUAACCUAGGAUUCUCCUUAACUUUAAAAUUUACAGGUUAAAAUUUAAAGUGGGCUUGGCAUACUCUGGCUAACUCUGAAGCAUUUAUUACUGUGAUAUACAUAAAUUAUUCCAUACUAUUUUACCACAGACUUACCACGUAAUAUUAACAAGCUAAAAUUACCAUAAAUCCGUCCAACCAUUUCGUAAUAAUUAUAUAUUCGUUCAAUGAUUUUUCACAUCUUUUAUAUUUUUUCAAAGUAAUUUCCUAACAUAAGUCAUUUACUUAAGUUAAGUAUCACACUUGGUAUAUGCUAUAAAAGCUUUAUGCUAUCUAAAAUACAUGUACUUUAUUUUCAAUAAUUUAAUGUUAUAAUCACACUUUCAUUUUAAAAAUCACUGGUACAUUUCUUUCCAUCUGACUACAAACAUCGACAUAAAGCUGCACUCUCACAGAUUUACCGUUUUUACAACUUAUUUUUUGUCUUGGAAAGAGCAAACUUUUUCGUAAAUAUCUGCAAACCAAUGACAUAAGGUUGCUGACAAAACAUCAGAUCGUAGAUUUUCAUAUUUCCGUUCGAAAAGGAAUGUUUUAUGGCUUAAACCGUUACUAAUGGUUUAAGAAAAAUGCAUAAAACAUCAAUUUUUGAACUUAAAUAUAAAAAUCUGCGUUCUAAUUUUUGUCAGCAGUCUUAUAUAACUGGUUUCCAUGGAUUUUUGCAAAAAAUGGCUCGUUCCAAGACAAAAAAUAAAAAGUUGUCAAAACGUUCAAUCUGUGAGAGUGCAGCUUUAAGACAAGGAAUUGACUUAAAAUGUUUUAAAGAUUACCGGACCUGAUUUAUACCAUUUAGUGUAUGCAUUUCCAUAGUCGCUAUGUGACAUAAGUACGUCCUUCCAAAAUAUGUUUAUUAAUUGACUGCCUUAUUUGUUGUGUAAUUUUUAUCAAACUAAAUAUGAUAUCAACAUAAUGUUCUGUAAUAAAGCAACACAUUGUGUAACAUAGCCAUUCAUCUAACAUAUUAUCAUUCGGAACACCUCGGCCAUAUAUAAGAAACAAAUUGUGUACCAUAGCCAUUCAUCUAACAUAUUAUCAUUCGGAACACCUGGGCCAUAUAUAAGAAACAAAUUGUGUACCAUAGCCAUUCAUCUAACAUAUUAUCUUUCGGAACACCUCGGCCAUUUUACAUAAAAAACAAUCUCGGGUGUAUAUGAACGGUAAACGAUGUCAGACAUCUUUACACUUAACUACGCUGCAAGUAGUUCGCGUAGUAAUUUCAGUUUAGGAGUUGAGCUUAAUGCCUUUUCUCUUGGGAAUCUUAAUUAUGUAUGUUAUAAUACACUUCACUGGCAACCAUUUCAAUCUUAGCUAUACAAAAUACACGUUAAAACACUAUUAAUAUGAAAUAAUGUUAUAUAUAAAUUUACGAACUACUUCUACUGAUGUACCGGCAAAUGAUUUCAUUUCGAAGAAUGACAUAAUUGGUUUCAUAAAGGCGGUUAUAUCUACAAUCUAAAGUCUACUUUUUAUAAAAAAAUAUACUUUCUUUUUGGAUUUUUUUUUCACAUGCACAAUUUAACUACUGUUUUAUAAUGGUUUGGAAUAUUAUAUCAUGUUGAUUUGGUAAACUUGUAAAUUGAUU